CGCUCGCCUCACUGCGGCGGGGAGCGGGGGGCCUCUCUCUCUCUCUCUCCGUCUGAGAUCCCCACGUUGUAGCGGCUAAUGUCCUGUCUUGGAUGGAAAACCGUCUGGGACACCCGCAACACAAAAACAAUUGGUCGGAGGAGUAUAGUUUGCCACCAUGGUGAACCAGGUUCUGCGAGGAGACGGUAAUUGGCAGUCAUGCAAGAGCGACUCCAGCGGGGCCAGCAACAGCGGCGGGGAGAGCUCCAAGGAGAGCUCCCGGUGUUCGACGCCGGUGCUGGAUGCGGACCGCUCGGACAGACUGCGGGACAAGAUGCGGAGGAGGAUGGAGUCCGGAGAUCACUGGUUCUCUCUGGAAUUCUUUCCUCCCCGCACAGCCAGUGGAGCUGUCAACCUCAUCUCAAGAUUUGACCGCAUGGGCUCUGGAGGACCCCUGUUCAUCGACAUUACCUGGCACCCAGCAGGGGACCCGGGCUCAGACAAGGAAACCUCAUCCUUGAUGAUUGCAAGCACAGCGGUCAACUAUUGUGGCCUGGAGAGCAUCCUCCACCUGACCUGCUGCAACCAGACCAAAGAGAAGAUCACUGGCCACCUGGCCAAAGCAAAGCACCUGGGCCUCAAGAACAUCAUGGCACUUAGAGGAGACCCAGUGGGAGAAGACUGGGAGGAAGAGGAAGGAGGCUUCAACUAUGCCAUCGACCUUGUGAAACAUAUCCGAUCAGAGUUUGAUGAUUAUUUUGACAUCUGUGUUGCUGGCUACCCCACAGGCCAUCCUGAGGCAGAGAGCUAUGAAGCGGAUCUCAGACACCUAAAGGAGAAGGUGGACGCCGGAGCGGACUUUGUCAUCACCCAGUUGUUUUUCAGGGCAGACACUUUCCUCAAGUUUCUGGAUGACUGCAGGGCAAUUGGUAUCACAUGUCCCAUCUUACCUGGAAUCUUCCCCAUUCAGGGUUACCAGUCCCUGCGUCAGCUUGUCAAACUGUCAAAGCUGGAGGUACCAGGGGAGAUCACCAAAGUCGUCGAGCCCAUCAAAGACAACGACGCUGCUAUCCGUAACUACGGAAUCCAGCAGUCAGUAGAGAUGUGCCGCGUUCUGCUGGACAGCGGCAAGGUACCAGGCCUCCACUUCUACACACUGAAUCGAGAGGUCGCCACCAUGGAGGUGCUCCGACAGCUCGGCAUGUGGAUAGAGGACCCCAGGCGGCCUCUUCCCUGGGCAGUAAGUGCCCAUCCCAAACGGAAGGUGGAAGAUGUUCGACCCAUCUUCUGGGCUUCCAGGCCCAAGAGCUACAUCUACAGAACCCAGGACUGGGACGAGUUCCCCAACGGCAGAUGGGGAAACUCGUCAUCUCCAGCUUUUGGAGAGUUAAACGACUACUACCUGUUCUACUUGAAGAGCAAGUCAUCCAAAACUGCACUGCUGCAGAUGUGGGGUGAGGAGCUGAUGAGCGAAGAAAGCGUCUAUGAAGUCUUCACCUGCUACAUCACAGCCCAGCCAAACCGCAGCGGACACAAGGUGAUGUGUCUGCCGUGGAACGAUGAGCCCCUGGCCACCGAGACCAACCUGCUGAAGGACGAGCUGGAGAAGGUGAACAGGCGAGGAGUCCUCACCAUCAACUCCCAACCCAACAUCAACGGCAAACCCUCCACAGACCCCAUCGUAGGCUGGGGACCUGCAGGAGGCUACGUCUUCCAGAAGGCCUACCUGGAGUUCUUCACCUCCAGUGAAAACGUUACCGCUCUCCUCAAAGUACUGAAGAAGUAUGAGCCCCGUGUCAACUACCACAUUGUUAACGUGCAUGGCCGGAACCUGACCAACGCCCCUGAUCUGCAGCCAAACGCUGUGACGUGGGGGAUCUUCCCUGGCAGGGAGAUUGUUCAACCUACGGUCGUGGACCCAGUCAGCUUUAUGUACUGGAAGGACGAGGCCUUUGCCUUGUGGAUCGAGCAGUGGGCCAAGCUCUAUGAGGACGAGUCUCCAUCACGGAUGAUCAUCAAGUACAUCCACGACAACUACUUCCUGGUCAAUCUGGUGGACAACGACUUUCCCCUGGAGAGCUGUCUGUGGCAGGUCAUUGAUGAUAUGUUUGAGCUGCUGGAUGCAGCUCCAGAGCCGCUCAGCAGUGAAACAGUCUGAAUAAAAUCCACCUUUUCAAUCAACUUUUUAGCGAAAGUAAGAACACUGUGGAACUCUCUACAUUUUAUGCAUUACCCAUCAAAGCUGCUAUUUAUAAACUACAGAGCCUAAAGUAAGUGUCAGUGUACUUCACAGUCAUUUUAAAGACUUUUUUAUAAAUGUUUUUGAACAUUUGAAGAAUGGAAAACAAUGGAACAAAAUCCAGAGGUUCAUACUAAGGACUGUUUUUUGUUUUCUGUCCUGAUCAGUAGCUUUGUCCUCUGCAGUUCUUCCAGCUAAUAAACUACACAUGCUCAGACAUGCUGGGGCGUGACCCAGUUACCUUUUUAAAGAGUUCCCUCAUGGAUAGAGCACACUGAAAAACAACAAACAGGACACAGAACUCUCACAGAAUGAAUUGCUUGAACUUCUAAAGCUUUUUUUUUUACAAGCUUUACAUUUUCAUAGGAGAAAAUUAAUGGUAAUUAAUGGUUCUGGGUGAAAACCUAGUGUAGGGAUGUGAGAUGUGUGUGUGAGUGAAAGUCCUUUUUACUCUCAUGCUGAUGUCAUAAUACUAAGAAUUAGACAAACCGUCUGAUGUGGGAGUUGCUGAUGACAGAUGCACCGCUGCCUUAACAUGUUUUUAAUGUGCCAUAUUUAUUUGUUCUGCCUGCUUUCUGAAGCUCAUUAAAAAGUUUUUCAGUACUGUA